AUGGCUUUUGCGGAAGACGGCUCCUCCUCGGCGGACGACGAGGCCUUCACAAUCCUCGAUGAUGACGAUGGCGUUCUAGUCAUUGGAAUCGACUUCGGGACCACGUUCUCUGGUGUGGCCUGGGCUACCUCGGACGAGUUCGAGAGUGACCAGAACAGCGUCAAUAUUAUCACCACCUGGCCUGGAAACGGUCGGGAGGAGGGAAAGGUUCCCACCGAGAUCGCCUAUGGCGGCGGUGGCGAGGUCUCUUGGGGGUUCGAGGUUCCCGCAGACGCCGAUCCAGUCCGCUGGUUCAAGCUUUUGCUUCUGAAACCCGGAGAUAUGACUGACGAGCUCCUCCACUCCGAGGUCCUGACCAAGGGCCGCAUGUUCCUGGCAAAGACCGGUAAGACCGCUGUCGAGGUGAUUACCGACUAUCUGCGCCUGCUCUGGAACCACACUCUGGAUACCAUCACCAAAAAUCUCGGCGACAUCGUUGUCAAGUCUCUAGCCUUCCGUGUGGUUAUCACCGUGCCUGCCAUUUGGAAGCCCUAUGCUCGCCAGUCCAUGCACGAGGCUGCCCGACUGGCCGGCAUUCUAGACGAGCGUUCUGCCGGACUGACCACCAUGUCCUUCGUCCCUGAGCCCGAAGCUGCGGCCCUGGCUACCCUCACCGAGCCGGGACGGAAGCCCAAAAAGGACGACAUCUUUGUCAUUUGUGAUGCAGGAGGUGGCACUGUCGACCUCAUCAGCUACAAGAUCGACAAGGUGGGUCCCAUCGCCAUGUCCGAAUAUGUCGAAGGUACAGGGGCCCUCUGUGGCGGCGCCUUCAUCGACGAGGCAUUCAAGAACAUCUGCAAGGAGCGCCUUGAGAGUCGCUGGGAUGCCCUCAGCAAGCGCGGAGUCCGCCAGAUUCUCAACGUCGAGUGGGAACAUGGCAUCAAACCGCAGUUCAAGGCAAGCAACCCUCACAAGGAAUUUGUCGUCUGCAUUCCUGCGGAAGCCUUCGCCGCCUCUCAGCCAAUCGUUACGACCGACAUCUCGAGGCAGCCAAUUAUCGUAAAUGGCUGCAUGCAUAUUUCUUGCACCAUGAUCCAGUCAACCUUCGACAAGUCAUUCGCCGGCAUCGACAAGCUGGUAGACAGGCAGAUCAAUGAAGUCAUGGACAAGGGCGGCAAGGUCACUGGUCUCAUCCUCGUCGGCGGACUCGGCUCCAGCCCGUAUCUGUACGAGCACCUCGAGGCUAUGCACUUGAAGAGAGGCGUAGCUGUAUUGCAGGCCACUGGCAUCAAACCCCGGACCGCCAUUUGUCGCGGUGCUGUCUUCCGAGGCUUCGUCGGAGAUAAGUCUCGGCCAGUGGGCAUUCCUCCUGUCCUCAUCACGUCGACAAUCUCUCGGGCCAACGUGGGUAUUCGGGUUGCCGAGACAUUUGAUCCGUCGAAACAUUUGCCCGCGGACCGGUACUUCGACAUGAGGGAGCUCAAGUACAAAGCCGACAACCAGAUGAGCUGGUACCUCAAGAGGGGCGAUAAUGUCUCCAGCAAGGAGCCCGUCCGGCGAAGCUUUUAUCGCACCUUUUCCAGUCCCGCGGAGAUGGAGAAUUUGUCGGAGUGCCUGUACGAGUGCAGCGACCUGAUCGCACCGACACGCAAGCAUUCGGACAUGGAGAUGCUGUGCGUCCUCGACUAUAAGAUCGACAGGCCAUUCGACCAGCUUCCGGACUGGACCAAUGCCCAAAACGAGAGUUUCAAGCGAUUCUGCUUCGAACUGGAGUUGAUCCCCUCUGGAUCCUCGGUCGAGCUUUCGCUCUACUACCAGGGCAGGAAGCAGGGCUCCAAGAGCUUCACCGUUCGCUUCCUCUGAGCCAGUAACUAUCUCGAUGAGGACGGAUCAUCAUGAUAUUUUGUACGGAGCGCGUCAUGUGCAGUCAGACGGAUCAGUUGGUCGACGCAGCGGUGACACACUGUUCAGAAAGUGGUCAAUCGUAUCAUAAGACAAGGCGGUGAUGGGUGAUUCGGACCGAUAGGGUGAUGGUGGUUGCUAUGCCUGGCGUGGCGCUGCCUUACGGGUUGUGCGGCCAAAUUGUUCUUGGGUUGAAUCAUUAGGGUGCGCAUAUGUUCUGAGGGAAUGGGACAGUCUAUGCCUACAGCUGUAUGUAUUGGUGAAGGCGAAGAAAGAGAAGUGGCAUGAGAAAGCAGUAAAUGGAAAGGCACACGUCGAAGUCGGUUGCGCUGAGCGACAUUUCAUGAGGUACGCCACUGUAAAAGUUGGUUGCUUGGCGGGCUUGUGCCUUGAGGAACGAAAGGCUCUUGGAGGACGGGCAAAAAGACCGAAA